CUGGACCGGGAGGAGCUGUGCGGGAAGAGCGCGCCGUGCGCCCUGCGCCUGGAGGUGCUGGUGGAGCGGCCGCUGCGCGUCUUCCACGUGGAGCUGGAGGUCACCGACAUCAACGACAACGCCCCGCGCUUCCCCGCCGCCCCAAUCGCGGAAUUCACGACGCUGCCGGGGUCUCGGUUCCCGCUGGAGGGCGCGUCGGAUGCGGAUAUCGGAGCCAACGCGCAGCUCUCCUACACCCUCAGCCCCAGCGAGCAUUUCCGACUGGAUUUGCAAAAAACGGAGGACGAGGGCGAGUCCUUAUUCCUGGUGCUCGAGAAAGCCCUGGACCGUGAGUCGGUGCCUGUGCACCGUUUGUUGUUGACGGCGAGUGACGGGGGCCGUCCGUCGCUGACGGGCACGAUGGAGCUGGUGAUCUGGGUGCUGGACGCGAACGACAACGCGCCCCAGUUCAACCAGUCGGUGUAUAAAGUAAAAGUCUUAGAGGGUUCAGAGCGGGGAACUCUGUUAAUCAAGCUCAGUGCCACGGAUUUGGACGAAGGGAUCAAUAGUGAUAUCGCAUAUUUAUUUAGUAGGCGCGUCGGUGCUCAAGUAAAAGAAAUGUUCACAGUCGACGAAAACAAAGGAGAAGUCAGACUUCAAGGAAAUUUAGACUAUGAAGAAAUGGACACUUACGAGAUUGCAAUCGAAGCGAGAGACAAAGGCUCCCCCCCGCUGUCGGGUCACUGCAGCGUGGAGCUGGAGGUGUUGGACGUGAACGACAACGCGCCGGAGGUGCGGGUGACGUCGCUGUCGGUGCCGGUGCCGGAGGACGCGGCGGUGGGGACGGUGGUGGCGGUGCUGAGCGUGUGGGACCGGGACUCGGGGGCGAACGGUCGGGUGCGGUGCGCGGUGUGGCCGGCGUCGCCGUUCGGUCUGGUGGCGCCGUUCGCGGGCUCGUACUCGCUGGUGGUGCGGGAGGCGCUGGACCGGGAGCGGGUGUCGGAGUACGAGGUGGAGGUGCGGGAGGAGGACGGCGGGGCGCCGGCGCUGCGCGGCAGGGUCUUCUAA